UUUAUAUAUUUUUUAUUUUUUUAGUGGGCGAUGGUGUUAUGGAGAAUCAAAAUGGCAGUGAAUAUGGUGAAGCGAGUGAUGAGGAGUGAACGAGGGAAUUGCCAUGCCGGUGACUCUAGACAAGGAAAGAGAGACCAUCACUGACUGCCCAUAUUCUGUAUGUUGUUUUCGUAGUUCCUCGUUCCUCCCUAUUGCACUCCUUUCAUAUCACGGAUUGUUCCUUCUGGUCUUCUCUGUUGUAUUCUCUGUUCAAUUCUUUUCCAAUUUUCUUCCCCCCUCAGAGCCUCGGCCUUGCCCGCGGUAAACUCUCCGCAGUUUUCGGCCCAAUCAACGGCCCGGUUACGGCGGAGCCCUGGACCGAUGGAUGGUCGAGACCCCGGUUGAGGGCGG